AUGGGCCCGGGCGAUUCGGUCGUGUGGAUUGUGGUCGGAAUUGUGGCUCUGCUGGCUGUUGACUUCAAUAUCGAAGGAAAAUUGGGAACGCUUUUGGAUUUCAGGUAUUUUCUAGAACCUUUUUUGGGCCGUUAGCUGUAUUGUUGUUCAGAUUACGGACGUCUCACUUCCUGGAACACUCCACAAAAGUUUCCCGUACACUUGACGUCCAGACACCUUUAGAAGAUACACGUCCAGUAGCAAUUGUCACUGGAAGCUCUGAAAAUGUACUCCUCACCCAUAGAUUCAAGAAUCAUUCCGUCUUUCAGGCGCAUUCCACUCACAUGACCCAUAUCCGUGAAAUGUUCGAGUACUCCGGCUACCGUAUUCUCACGAAGAACGAGCUGCUGAACGUGGAUUCGAAAUGGGACGUGAUGUGGCAUCACGAGUACAGUUUCACCCAGGAACCUUACAAAACGAUGAUCGCGAACGCGUCCCCGCGGCAGAUUGUCAAUCAUGUGCCCGGUUCGGGAUACUACACGAGCAAGGUGCAACUCGCCACUUCGGGACUCUCCACGGGCGUUCCCCAGGCAUUUCAGCUGCCCGACGAGAGGGACCAACUGCUCGCGUUUGCGGAAAAGAACCCGAAUGUGCUGUGGGUGCAGAAGGAUAACACGCACCGGAACAUAAAAAUCAAACGUGUCGACGAGAUGGAUUUGAGCAAGAACAACUCGUUCGUGCAAAAGUUCGUAGAGAACCCGCUGCUCAUUGACAACCGAAAGUUCGACGUCGGAAUCUACACGGUCGUCACCUCGCUGCUCCCGCUCCGCGUCUACAUCUACGACGGAGACGUUCUCAUCCGAUUCUGCCCGGAAGACUAUCAUCCGUUCGACGUGGCAAACGUGGACAAGUACGUGGUCGGCGACGACUACACACCCAUUUGGGAGGUUCGCAACUCGUGGUAAAAAGGGAACAGCAGAAAAACGAAAAUUUCAGAUAAAAUCUCUGGAAAACUACUUCAACGUUCAGAAAAUGAGCUCGAGAAGUACGAUUGACGCGUACUUGGGGAAACUGGGAAAGGAUUCGAACAAGAUUUGGCAGCAAAUUCGUAAUAUUAUCGGAGAGGUUUUCCGGACACAACAAGCCAAAAUGCUCGUGAACUUGCACACUCUGAAGCUGAAACCCAAGUAUUUUGAAGUGAGCCGAUUCGAUUUUGUGGUCGACGACGAGCUCAAUGUGUUCCUCAUGGAGGUUCGUUCGGAACGGAACACUUCGCAACCAAGACUUCUUUUCUCAGGCGAACAUGUCUCCGAACCUCUCUUCCGGACAUUUCAAACAAAAUCAGAUAAUGUACGAGAAAGUGCUCAUGAGCAUAUUCUCUCUGCUCGGAAUCUCGAGCCCUCUCACGGAAAAAGCACGCAGCCACCUUGAGUGAGUUUUUCUCCACACAUUUUUGAAUCCGAAUAACCUCAAUCCAGAUCCCGCCCCUCAGAGCAGAAUCCGCUCGUCAGUUCUCGAGACAUCAACCUUCCGCUCAAGUUUUGCGUUGAAAACCGCUGCCAAUCUUGCGAAGAGGCACCGGAAUGUCAGCUGUGCGGACACUGUAUGAGCAAGGAAACUUCGAAAAUUCUGGAAGAUACUUUUCUGGAGCACUUGAAUCGUAGGCAGAUGCGGCGGAUUGAAAUUGAUUACGAGAACCAUCAGCCGCUGACGAAAGAGGAUCACUUGCUGAUUUUGUGGCUCGGGACGAAGUGUCACUUGGACUACACUUGGUGCUGA